AUGGGAUGGGACCAGGGACCCAGCACUUGGAGGAGGAGAGAUGGCCCAGAAAGCACCGCCUUCCAAUGGCUCCGUCCCUUCAGGCCCCGCCCCCGAGCGGGGCACGCCGGGAGCUGUAGUUCGUGCGGGUACGGAGGCGCGGCCGCCAUGGCCCCCGGAGCGGCCCCGGUCCCGGUGCUGCUGGCGCUGCUGGCGGCCGCCGCCCGGCCCGCCGCCCCCUGGGACCUGUGGGCGCUGCGCUGCGGCUUCUCGGCGGACUGCGAGUGCGGCUUCAGGCCCGACCUGCGCGGUCUGGAGUUCGACUUGGCCACCAGCCUGGUGGGACAGCCCCUGGUGAGGCAGGAGGUGAUGAAAGGGGUGAGGGGGUUCCUGGAGAACCAGAAUCCGGUGAAACCCCUGGUGAUGUCCUUCCAUGGCUCGACUGGGACAGGAAAAACCUACGUGAGCUCCAUGGUCAUCCGCUACCUCUUCCAGGGUGGGCUCCAGAGCCCCUACGUUCACCACUUCUCCCCCAUCGUGCACUUCCCCCACGCCGAGCAGAUAGAGCAGUACAAGGAAAGCCUGAAGCGCUGGAUCCAAGGAAACCUGACAAACUGUGGACGCUCAGCCUUCCUCUUUGAUGAGAUGGACAAAAUGCACCCAGGGCUGAUCGAUGUGAUCAUACCAUUCCUGGGCCCCUCGUGGGUUGUGUACGGGACCAACUACCGCAAAGCCAUCUUCAUCUUCAUCAGCAACGCAGGAGGGGAGCAGAUCAACGAGGUGACGCUGGCGCUGUGGCGCGACCGCAAGGACCGGGAGGAGAUCAGCCUGCAGGACCUGGAGCCAGCCAUCUCCAAGGCCGUGUUUGAAAACCCUCAGAGUGGAUUCUGGAAAUCUGGGAUCAUUAAUGAACAUCUCAUUGAUUUUGUUGUGCCUUUCCUCCCCCUGAAGCACCACCAUGUGAAGCAGUGUGUGGUCAGUGAACUCAUCCAGCAAGGCCUCGAAGUACGUCCGGGCGUUGUCCAGGAGGUGGCCAACAGCAUCCCCUACUUCCCAGAAGAGGAGAAAUUAUUCUCAUCAACAGGCUGCAAAACAGUGGCCUCUCGGAUCAGUUUUUUCUUGUAGUCACUGUUGAGGGCCUCGCUCAGAUCCAUAGGGGAUGUGUAUGGAACUGGAAAGCGCUCAGGGCUGGCGGGAUGAACACUGGGAGCAGCAUGUCCCUCCUGGCACCACAAGUGCUCUCCUGCUGAACUCUCUUCAGUGGCUGUGGGACCAAGUGCAAAUUAUGUGAUUUAAAGCACUUUACCGAUUCACUCUCGGCCAGGUGAGGAUGGAAUGGAUGGACCACCCGAGGCAUGUGUGACAACACGGGGAAGAUGCUGAGAGGGGCUGCAGCAUCAGGGAGGUUUCUCAGCCUGUCAGCAGCACCCACCCACAGCUCUCUCCCCUCUCCUGGCAGCUGUUGAUACCCAGCACAUCAAGAUUCUGAGCCCACAGAAGAAUACUUAUUUCUUACAGCAUAUUAACAUUUUUUUUAAAAGCUUUUUAAUCAUGGCUGUGCCUCAGCUCCUUGGUACAAUGUGACAGUGCUGGUGCUGGCUCCUGUGAACACCUUCAACAAAGUUUUCUUUUCAAGGAAGUUUUAGAGGCAAGUUUUUUCCAGCUUCCUUUCACUGUGAAUAGGUGCUGUUAGGGACCAGCUUCACCACCAACUGAGGGGGGUGAUAUGGAAGAUGGCAACACCUGAUCUCCCAAGAGCCAGGCUCCCCUACUAUCCCCUCAUCCAUUUUUCCCCUCAGGACCAAAGGAUUACCCUGCAGUAAACCAGGAAAACAACAAAAGACCUCUUGCUUGUUUUACCACCCACAAAAAAUUUCAUGCUACCUCCAGGGGAGCCCACGGUGCCACUAACAGUUCUGAAAAUUCCUUUUAGUGAUGAUUUCUCUAGCAGACUUGGUGCUAUGAGCUGUGGAGCCUCCUGUAUGUCCUUCUGCUGGUUAGACCUUGGCAGGCUUUGGCUGGGCCAACACCCUUUCACCCUCUGGGGAGUGUCACAAUAGGGGGCCUGGGGACAAGUCAGAGAUUACUGCUCCAAACAGCCAAGAACACAGCCUGGCCUUCGCCCAGGUUUUGAUCUCCUCUGUGCAUCACUUCCUCACAGGUCAGAGGAACCAGAAUCAUUCACUCUCUAGGAACAGCCUGCUCAAGGGAUGGGUGCAGGCACAAUUCCCAGAUGCUCUGCUCAGGCCCCAUGCAGAAACAAGCUGCCAGCAGUUGGGACCAUUCCAGCUCCAGUCCCAGAGCUCUGGGGAUUUUAGACACCACCCAAAGGCUGCCUAGGAGCUGGCCCACAGGUGGACCCAAAUGUUCUGCCUCUUCCAAAAAUAUUAUGCAUUUCUAAUUUUAAAAUAAAUCUUUUAUGAGAUAAA